ACUCUAUAGUAAGUAAUUAACCUCUCUCCAGCCACCCAAUACGGCCAAUACUCUCCUGAUAUGGCAAAUUGAUCAAUCCGUUUUUAAUUUUUCCCUUAAUCUCAAGUUCUGACACAUCGCAUUGCUCAUCCAACAUGAGGCUAACGAACUUUUUGUUCUUGGAGGCAAAGAAAUACAAGAGACAUAGAUUGCCACAUGGUCACCUGUACCACGGUAAGCACAAGAUCAUCGUACCACCCACUGCUCUUGAAGUCGCCCAGUUAGGUCGAGAGCUAGAAAUUGAAGAACGAAAUAUGUUCUACCUGCGCCAUUCUUAUCUCACCAAGGAAGAAUCUAAAGCUCACAGGGCAGCGUUGGAAUACUGUAAAAAGUCAAUAAAGGACCUUAUAACAUACAAGAAGAAUAAGUUUUCACAGCCAGAGAGAUUAUCAGAGCAUCUGGAACAUUUGAGACAUGGGGAAAGAUGGGAUUGCAUCUAAGUGAAAAAGUGUUUCGUUAUUUAACUUUUAUUUGUACAGAUUUCGGUUAGUAAAAAAGGCUUUGAUUUUGAAUAAAUUUUACACAAGUCAUGAACUCGAA